CCGUGCGUGAGCCAGACAGUCCAAAGUACCGCGGGCUCCGUAACUGCGAAAAAAAAGUAAAGUCGUUAGCGAAGGACACAUACAAAAGCGAGCCGACACGCAUACAGCUUUAUAUCUAGCUGGAAAAUCACAUACGGGCCUGUCUGCUAGUUUACAUGUACACACAGAGGAGUGGGUCUUUUUACAAAUGGAGUGGGAGAUAUGGAUUUGAAGCGUACAGGACAUGAAAUGUGUGGUCUGCUGGCUGCGUUGCUGCUGUGGAGUUUCGUGCUGUCGGCGAUUGAGGGCUCUCCUCUCCUCCUGUUUGCCAACCGACGUGACGUGCGAUUGGUAGAUGCAGAGGGAGUGCGUGGUGAGUCGGCUAUAGUUGUCAGCGAUUUGGAAGAUGCAGCAGCAGUGGACUUCCUGUAUGCUGAGGGAUUAAUAUUUUGGACAGAUGUCAGUGAGGAGGCCAUCAAGCAGACACGUUGGAAUCAAUCAUCCAACUCUCUUAAAGAGGCACUGGGAACGGGCCAGAGCGUGGUAGUGUCAGGGCUGGACAGUCCUGAUGGGUUGGCUUGUGACUGGCUGGGUAAAAAGCUCUACUGGACAGACUCGGAGACCAAUCGGAUUGAAGUGGCUAACCCAGAUGGCACCUCCAGAAAGGUCCUGUUCUGGAUGGACUUGGACCAGCCCAGGGCUAUUGCCCUAAACCCUACCCAACGCUACAUGUACUGGACAGACUGGGGAGAGGAGCCCAGGAUAGAGCGAGCUGGCAUGGAUGGCAGCAACAGGAAAGUGAUAGUAAAUGUGGACAUAUACUGGCCCAAUGGUCUCACCAUUGACCUAGUAGAACAGAAGUUGUACUGGGCUGAUGCCAAACUCAGCUUCAUUCACAGAGCUAACCUGGAUGGAUCAGCACGUGAAACCGUGGUUGAGGGCACCCUCACCCAUCCCUUUGCACUAACGCUCUCUGAGGAGACAUUAUAUUGGACUGACUGGCAGACCCGCUCCAUUCAUGCCUGUAACAAACACAGUGGAGACAAAACCAGGGAAAUCCUUAGUGGGAUUUACUCGCCUAUGGACAUCCAAGUUCUGGAGCCCUAUCGACAGCCUUAUAUCGAGACUCCUUGUAGUGACAACAAUGGUGGUUGUAGUCAUCUCUGCCUACUGUCUCCGGUCCAGCCUUUCUACAGUUGUGCCUGUCCCACUGGAGUCCAGCUUAAACAAGAUGGAAAGACAUGCAAACCAGGAGCAGAAGAGGUCUUGUUGCUGGCACGAAGGACAGACCUGAGGAGAAUAUCCUUGGACCUGCCAGAUUUCACCGACGUAGUAUUACAGGUUGAUGACAUUCGCCAUGCUAUAGCUAUAGACUAUGACCCAGUGGAAGGCUAUGUCUAUUGGACAGAUGAUGAGGUUCUGGCCAUCCGAAGAUCCCACAUUGAUGGCAGUAAUGCCAUGAUGCUGGUUACCACUGAGAUCAACCACCCAGAUGGCAUUGCUGUGGACUGGGUGGCCAGAAACCUUUACUGGACCGACACUGGAACUGACCGAAUUGAGGUUACCAGACUAAAUGGAACCUCUCGGAAAAUUUUGAUUUCUGAGAACCUGGAAGAACCAAGAGCCAUUGUUCUGGACCCUAUUAAUGGUUACAUGUACUGGACUGACUGGGGUGAGCAUCCCAAAAUUGAGCAGGCUAACCUGGAUGGGACGGACCGAAAAGUCCUACUCAACAGCUCUCUUGGCUGGCCCAAUGGACUGGCCUUGGACCAUGCAGCAGGACGACUAUACUGGGGAGAUGCUAAAACAGACAAGAUUGAGGUAAUCAGCGUGGAUGGCAGUAACAGACGGACUCUGCUGGAAGACAAGCUGCCACAUAUCUUUGGUUUUACUCUGCUGGGUGAUUACAUUUACUGGACUGACUGGCAAAGACGUAGCAUUGAAAGGGUGCACAAAGCCACAGCUGUACGUGAGAUCAUCAUUGAUCAGCUGCCAGAUUUAAUGGGGCUCAAGGCCACCAAAGUAACAGAAACGUACGGUACUAAUGGCUGUGCGAUAGAUAAUGGCAGAUGCAGCCAUCUGUGUUUCUGGCGCCAGCAAGCUGUCAGUUGUGCUUGUCCCAUGGGGAUGGAGCUACUCUCAGACCUCCAGACCUGUGUGGUGCCUGAGGCCUUUCUGCUCUUCACCAACAGGGACAACAUCAGAAGCAUUUCUUUGGGUACCAACAGCAAUGAUGUAGCCAUUCCUCUGACAGGAGUUAAAGAAGCCUCUGCUCUUGAUUUUGAUGUGUCUGAAAGGAGAAUAUACUGGACGGACAUACAGGCCAAGACAAUCAGCAGAGCUUAUAUGAAUGGCAGCUCUAUAGAACAUGUUAUAAAGUUUGGACUGGACUACCCAGAAGGAAUGGCAGUGGACUGGAUGGGUCGUAACAUCUACUGGGCAGACACAGGCACUAACCGCAUUGAGGUGGCCCAGUUGGAUGGCCAGUAUCGUCAAGUUCUUGUUUGUAAGGAUCUGGACAACCCUCGCUCACUGGACAACCCACGAUCACUAGCACUGGACCCAGCCAAUGGCUACAUGUACUGGACAGAAUGGGGUGGUCGACCACGGAUAGCCAGAGCCUAUAUGGAUGGUAGCACCAUCACAACUUUGGUCGAUAAAGUAGGCCGUGCCAAUGGACUGACUAUUGACUAUGUAGACCAUCGGCUCUACUGGACUGAUUUGGACACAUGUAUGAUUGAAAGCACCAACAUGCAAGGUCUUCAGAGGGAGAUUAUAGUAGACGACCUCCCUCACCCCUUUGGUCUCACUCAGUACCGAGAUUUUAUUUACUGGACAGAUUUUAACCUGCGCAGUAUUGAACGGGCAGACAAGCGCAGUGGACUCAACCGCACAGUGGUGCUUCAGGGCCAGCUGGAGCUGAUGCUGGACAUCCUUGUGUUCCACUCCUCCCGUCAGCGUGGCACCAAUGAGUGUUCACAUAACAAUGGCAACUGUGCCCACCUCUGCCUGGCCACACCUGCUGGUGCUCAGUGCCGCUGUGCCUCCCAUUACACCUUGAAUCCUGAUCAACGAAAUUGUAGCUCUCCUUCUCGUUUCUUGCUCUUCAGUCAGAAGGUCAGUAUCAGCAGGAUGGUUUUAGGAGAGCAGAGUCCUGACAUCAUCCUGCCUAUACAUGUCCAGAAAAAUGUCCGAGCUGUCAACUACGAUCCAGUGGACAGGCUAGUGUACUGGCUGGAUGGACGACACAACAUACGCCGUGCCAGAGAUGAUGGAGCCAUGUCUUCAAUAAUAGUAAGCAGUACAGCUCAACCAUUGGACAAUCAGCUUCAUGACCUAAGUCUGGACCCCUACAGUCGUCACAUUUAUUGGACCUGUGAAACAACCAACACUAUCAACCUCCAGAGGAUGGAUGGUCACAUUGUGGGUGUGGUUAUCAAGGAUGAUACGGACAAGCCACGGUCCAUUGUUGUCAAUGCUGAGAAAGGGUACAUGUAUUUCACUACAGUGCAGGAGCGCUCAGCUAAGAUUGAAGGAGCCAGCCUGGAUGGGACAGAGAGAGAGUCUUUGUUCACUACUGGUUUAAUUAGACCAGUAGCUCUGGCUCUUGAUAAUAAGCUGGGAAAACUGUUCUGGCUAGAUGCUGACCUCAAACGCAUUGAGAGCAGUGACCUGACAGGAGCCAAUCGCAUUGUCCUCCAAGAUUCCAACAUUCUUCAGCCAGUGGGCUUGACCAUUCUGGGAGAUCAUCUUUACUGGAUUGACCGACAGCAGCAGAUGAUAGAAAGGGUAGACAAGCUGACCGGAGAUGGACGUACACGCAUUCAAGGACGGAUAUCGUACCUGACCUCUAUCCAUGCAGUGGAAGCAAUGGACACGCAGGAGUUUGCAUUCCACCCUUGUUUCCACGACAAUGGUGGCUGUUCUCACAUCUGUAUUGCAAAGGGUGACGGAACACCUCGUUGCUCCUGUCCGAUGCACCUGGUGUUACUACAAGACCUACUGCACUGUGGAGAGCCUCCUACCUGUUCCACAGAGCAGUUCACCUGCUCCACAGGGGAGAUUGACUGCAUUCCCAUGGCUUGGCGUUGUGAUGGCUUCCCCGAAUGUGAUGACAGCAGUGAUGAGGACAAUUGUCCCAUCUGCUCCAGCUCCCAGUUCCAGUGUGACAAAGGAGGCUGCAUUGAUGCUCAGAAGCGCUGCAAUGGUGAACUUGACUGUGCUGAUCACUCUGAUGAGCAGGAAUGUGAAACCAUAUGCCCUCCCAACCAGUUCCGCUGUAGUGACAACCAGUGUAUUGCUAAGAAACAACAGUGUGACAAUUACUCUGACUGUCCCGAUGGAUCAGAUGAGCUUGCCUGUGAGUAUGUGUCUCCUCCCUCCAGUGGCAUCCCUAACACGGGCCCCAACACCGUUGGGCCAGUCAUUGCAAUCAUUCUGCUUGUCUUUGUCAUUGGGGGUGCUUACUUUGUCUGCCAGCGUGUGGUUUGUCGACGUUAUAAGGGGCCCAAUGGGAAUUUUCCUCAUGAGUACAUCAGUGGGACACCUCAUGUGCCCCUUAACUUCAUCACCCCUGGCAGCUCUCAGCAUGGCACCUUCCAAGGUAUUUCUUGUGGCAAGUCCAUGAUGAGUUCUGUUAGUCUGAUGGGUAGCAGCAGUAGUGGAGCACCUCUCUACGACAGAAACCAUGUGACUGGAGCUUCAUCUAGUAGUUCAACAUCUACCAAGGGAGCCUUCUACCCUCAGAUCCUGAACCCUCCUCCGUCUCCAGCCACUGAUCGCUCUCUCUACAACACAGAGAUAUUCUAUUCUUCCAACAGUCCGUCCACUACCAGAUCAUACAGACCGUACCACUCAGUUCAUGGCGCCGCCCCACCUACCACACCCUGCAGCACCGACGUCUGCGACAGCGACUGCACCCCUCAUCACCUGCCAGCUGGGCUGGCGGUGUCAGCGGGUCGCUGGAAGGCCUCGGGCCAUGGCAAGCACAACAAGUACUACAUGGAUCUAAACUCAGACUCUGAUCCAUAUCCUCCACCCCCCACUCCUCGCUCCCAGUACAUGUCAGCUGAGGAGAGCUGCCCCCCUUCCCCUUCCACUGAGCGCUCCUACUUCCAUCUGUGCCCCCCACCUCCAUCACCUUGCACCGAUUCCUCAUGACCCCCAACUACCUUAGAGCACCACGAGGAAGAAAGAUAUGAAGUCAACUUUCUACAAGAACUCCCUAUUUCUGGUUCACAUUAACAAGGAAAGGACUUACUGUAGGUGCCAGCAUCCACACAGUAUGUAAUCAGUUCUGCUUCUGUAAUCCAAGUGUUCUACUUGAACAUUGACUCGUGGCGUGUUGAAGGUUUGUAGCCUUCCCUGCCUUGCCUUAGAGCACAAAAAGAAGAUGAUGAAUAAAUAUAACCAGCCACUCUCUCUUUAGUUUUUUAUUCUAGGUACUGAAAAAAUCCUUUGCUGGGCCACUUCUUGAUUUAAAAAUUGAAUUUUUCCAUUUGUCUGUACAAGUAUUAAAUCCUCAUGCUGAAUCCUAAACUCUCCAGCAUAUUCCCCGAACACAGUGGCGAGUUAUUAAUGGACACUGGCAUUGAAAACCACAAAUCCAGUGUAGCAAGACCCAGCUUCACAGCAUUCGUCUCUUCCUUCCUUACAGGGGUCUUUUUGACUGACAGCAGCAGGAUUGUAUAUAGGGUUAAAAUAAUAUGAACAAUUAUAAAUCAUUAGAAUUAUUUUUCAUAUUUUGUUCAUGCUGGCUGAUCCACAGCUUCACAUAAAUCAAAUGACAGUGGGAUGAGUGAAGGGACUGGUGUAUGAGACUAUAAUAUGGUUGGAUAGCUAUGUACAUAGGCAUAUGUGAAUGUUUGCUUGAUGUAAGAAAUUAGACAAAUCUGAGUGAAUGUGUACAGUUAUGAAUGAGUUAAGGGAUGGAAAAUACUACAUAUGAAAUCUGAUCACAAUGUUGAAAUUAUGUCCCUCUCCAAGUUUCAAAUUGUAUCUGAACACCUUUUGAAGAGGUGGAGCUACCUCAACUCGAUGAAGAGACAAAGACAAGUCUGCCAACAGUUCCCUUUUAAUUCCACAAAAUCUACUCUUGAUAACAACAUACCAAUGAUUAAAAACAAUUUUAACAAUUGUGCAUAUGUGUGAUGAAGUGAACGGUUGUGUUGUGAGAAGUGAAUACUUUUCAUUGUGAAUUUUAACAUCCUCCUUCACGUCUUUACUUUUACAAUCCUGUUUACCAAAUGUAUGUUUGCUGCUACGUGUACAUACUAUAUUAGUUACUAUGAUUAUACAGAAAAUUACCACUUUCAUACUGACAAUAGAUUAUGAAGCUAUUUUAUAGUUAAUAACAAAUUAUUCUUAUAACAGUUUUUGUUAUUUGUAUUUUUGUUUAUGUGAUGAUCAUUGUGUAUGGGCCUGUCAGUUGCAGUGUUUGGUUUGAAGGAAACUUUUUGGACAUUGAAAAAGAGUUCCAGCACAAACAAUUUAUCCAGAGCUGUUUCAGCAUAAAUUGAAGGUCUAAAAUGUUUCAGGUGAAUAUUCCCCAACUCAAAGAAAUCUCACUAAAAACACUACUUCUGUUUGCAGUCUACACAACAUACUAUCAGUCAGUUUGGAGAAAGGAAAAAAACAGGGUUUUCUGAUUUUUGGUUGUGCAGUUAGUUGGCUCCAGUCCAGUGAAACUAACAAGAGUGCUGUGAGUGAUGUAGCUUUGGAAUGUUUCCAUACACAUGCCAUCCUGCAGAAACACUGCAAAACCAAUGCCAAAGCCCUGUCUCACACUAUUAAUAUUGUAUUGCCCUAAAAUGCAACUGUGCUGCAUUUUGUCAAAUAUCUAAACAAAGACUGUAAAGAUUUCUGUCAGUGGUACACAGAGGAUGAAACCUACUGAUUUUUAGCCUCUAACUGUUGCUGUCUAGAUACAGGUAAGAUACAGAUGAGAGGUGAGAAAUGGAUAUUUGUGACAUCUGUUAGCAAGCAACAAGUUAAAUGUUAUUGAGUGUUUCUUUUCAAGGGAAGCUAGUUUUGUCGAUUUUGCUUAGAAGAGGUUCAUCUGUGUUUAGAUGAGUUAGUGAAGAGUCUAGUUUCCAGUAGAUAAGUAUACCAGCAUUGUUGGAGGUGGGUAACACUACGAACUUGCUUUAAGUGCUGUUGCUUCAUCUACUGUCAGGUGACAUUACACUUGAUGCCAGGUGACUGGCCCAAGAUAGAUUUUGCGCUUAUGUAACUUAAGUAGCAUCUAUUACAGUGUGACAGUGGUACUCUCUGACAGUGGCACAACAUAUGCAUAAGGCCUUGCCUCACACCACUGGGUCAGUAAAACCCUGAAUUUGUUGUAUCAGCUAAGAAUGCUUUGUGGAAUUUACACUUGUGAUAUAUUUUGUAUCAGAAGCCUUUUAUAUUGUAUAAUAAAGGUUUUAUUUUAAGGAA